AUGGGUUAUAUGGAUACUUACAAUCUAAAUCUUGCAGAAGAGUACGGUUAUCAAGCUGGUUCACAUAUAUUGUCGGAAACUGUAAGAUCUCAAAAUCCGGAUCUAUCAGAAGUGAUAUCGGAAUUAAUGAGCGUUGUUCUAAGUAGAAAUUCAAACAAGGCUCAUCAAUAUAUCCGCAAAAUCAUGCAAAUAAGUCAAGUAUUGCUUUCAAUCAUUAAUCGGAAUACUAUUACGCCUUCUGAAUCUACUAAUGAACAAACUUGUACCAUAGAUGAGUUGAUUGCUUUUGCUGAUCAUUAUCGUCAUCAACAAGAUUAUGUAAAUGCAGAAAGACGUUUUACGAAGGCUCUUGAUAAAACAACAGAAAUCAAUUCAAAACAUGUCUGGAAUAUCUAUAGAAAAAUGACAAGAAUGAGUAACCAUGGUCAUUAUCAAGAUUAUUUUGCUGUAUUAUAUUCGAAAUAUGAUGAUGAUAAUCCAAAACAUUUUCAAUUAAUUUCUACCAUACAAAUAAUCCUCUACAAAUUAUUUUUAUCUGAAAAUGACUUUAAAACUGGAUUCAAUUGUUUAAUACAUGGAAUAGUUAUGAAAAUUAAAUUUAUACAUCAUCAGACCAGUCAUAUUGAUUCAAGAUAUAUUUUAAAUCUAUUUUAUAAAUGUACAGAUCAAGAACAAAUUAUUAAACUUAUAUGUAUAUUAACGAAAUUAAUUGAAACACAUCUCACUAGUUUAUCCAUGGUUGAACAAAAUUUUAUUUCAACAUAUUUUGGUUUUGAUAAUCUCUACUUAAAUCUAGCCGAAAUUAUUCAUUGUGAAGAAAUCGAUAGUAUUUUAAAUGAAAUUAAAUCGAAAACCUUUUCUAGUUUUCUACAUAUGUUAUUACAACUUCUUUGUCAGAGUAUACCUUCACCGAAGAAAUCAAUAUUCUCACUUAAAUCUCAAAUUCUACAAUUUCUUCAGAAAUAUAAUGACGAAAAAGCACCUUUAUUCUAUUUAAUGAAACUAUUCGAAUCUUUACUCAUUAAUGAUGCUCAGAGUUUCUUGUUCAACCUUGAACAGCUACGACUAUAUACAAUUACUUUCGAAAAUGACGAAAAACUUAGAGAAAAAUUAUCCAAUGUCUUCGAACAAUUAAAACAAGAUAGGUUACGCGAAUUUUUACAAAAUAUAUUGCAAGAGCCUAUUGACUUAAUGACUGAUUCUUAA